AUGAUGGCUGCUGCGCGAGGGAAGAGCGCGUUGCGUCAGAAAGAGCCCGACGUACCCGGGCCUAUCGCAAGCCGGACGCGCGCCUCCGUUGCUGCUGCCAUUCUUAUACGUGUCCGCUCGACGGCGGAUGAGGGCGGGGAACCACCUCCGGGUUACUCAUCACCCGCCCAUGGUCCCGUGGUGCCAACGAUGUUCAGCAGCAACCGGCCCGCCAGAAGCAAGCUCGAGGGCAAACCCCCUAGGGAGGAUGGUUGGGCUAAGGGACCGCCGCCCGUCCGGCUUCACUCCUCCCAUGCAACAUCGACCCGCGCGGCCAGGAAAGGCAGUAUUUACGACCGCCUACGGACAGCAGCUACGCAACGAGGCCAUCCAGAACGAAGCUCGAUAGAGGAACAAGAUCUCUUUACUACGGCGAGAUCUAUCUACGCUGCGACGAGAAGUCGACGCGCUUAG